GUAGACAGUCGUUGAGCCACUCGUCGCGUGCUAAAGAUUAGACGUUAAGUAAUAAAGUAAUUUACCAUGAGCUAAUGUAGCAACACGUUCUUUUCUCAGUCACACCAUCUCAAAAUCUGCGGGAUUUAGUUUUUUGUAGCUGACAACCGAUCAUUAGCAAUACUGCUAGCCAACGACGGUGUUCCGGGAAGUACUUACUAGCUUCAGAGCAGUGGACAAGGGUCAGAAGAGGAGUCGAAGCGGGUCGGGGCCGAACCGCUAGCUGCUUUUAACCUCAUCGGACGACGCACGUGAAGAUGCUGCCGCGCGGCGUGCUGGUGUGCGUGCUCCUGCUGUGGGUCGACGGCUCGUGGGGGGACACGCCGGCCAACUGCACCUACGAGGACCUGCUGGGGACGUGGGUGUUCCAGAUGUCCAGAGGCGGACAGGACAAGAGCAUCAACUGCUCCGCUGAAGCUACAGGUGGAAGCACGGCCACCGUGACCCUGGAGAAACUGUCCGUAGCCACGGACGAGCUGGGCCACGUGGGCUUCUUCACCCUCAUCUACAACCAGGGCUUCGAGGUGGUCAUCAACGGCUACAAGUGGUUUGCCUUCUUCAAGUACACACAGCAGGGCCCUAAAGUGACCAGCUACUGUGACCAGACCCUGCCGGGCUGGGUUCACGACGUCCUGGGGAACAACUGGGCCUGUUUUGUGGGGAAGAAAGUGAAACCGGUACCACCCCACACGGAUAUUGAGCCAUCCCUCAGCAGCGGCGUGCGCGACAGGCCGUAUAAAGUGAGCCGGGGCUUCAUCGACGCCAUCAACGCUGUGCAGAAGUCGUGGUGGGCCGCUCCCUACCCGGAGAACGAGCGCUACACCCGGCAGCAGAUGCACCUCCGAGCCGGGGGCUCCUCCUCCCGCGUCCCCGCCCGCGUGCGCCCCGCGCCAAUGAGAGCCGGAGUGGCGUCGGCGGCUGCGGCUCUGCCCGAGCGCUGGGACUGGAGGAACGUGGACGGCGUCAACUUCGUGAGCCCCGUGCGAAACCAAGCAUCGUGCGGCAGCUGCUACUCCUUCGCCUCUAUGGGGAUGCUGGAAGCUCGCAUCCGAAUCCUCACCAACAACAGCGAGACCCCCAUCCUCAGCCCACAGCAAGUGGUGUCCUGCUCGGAGUAUUCCCAGGGUUGCGACGGGGGGUUCCCAUACCUGAUUGGGAAGUACGCGCAGGACUUCGGCAUCGUGGACGAGUCGUGCUUCCCGUACAUCGCGAAGAACUCGCCGUGCGGCGUGCCGAAGAAGUGCGGCCGCACGUACGCGGCGGAGUACGGCUACGUGGGCGGCUUCUACGGCGGCUGCAGUGAGGCGGCCAUGAUGAUGGAGCUGGUGAAGAACGGGCCCAUGGCGGUGGCCUUCGAGGUUUAUCCCGACUUCCUGAAUUACAAGGGGGGCAUCUACCAUCACACGGGCCUCAGGGACUCCUUGAACCCUUUCGAGCUGACCAACCACGCCGUGCUGUUGGUGGGGUACGGCCGCUGCCCCGCCACGGGCCAGAAGUACUGGGUCGUCAAGAACAGCUGGGGAACCACUUGGGGCGAGGACGGCUACUUCCGAAUCCGACGGGGGAGCGACGAGUGCUCCAUUGAGAGCAUUGCGGUCGCGGCCACCCCCAUCCCCAAGCUGUAGAAGCUGAGCCGAGGCUAACGGCAGCGGGUGCUGUGACGACGGGGCACCUUUUUAAGCUGAUCUUUUUAUCAAGUUGCAUUUUAGAAGCUGAAAAUAUAAAGCAGUGAGGGAGGUCAAGCCACAUGGGGACAGAAGAGCCAAGAUAUGCACUAUUAAGAUGAGAGGGGUUGGAUUUCAGGUUUUAAAACGAUACUCAAUACAGCUAUAGGCAAUAUUAAAGGGAAGGUUCACUAGAACCAUGAGCAGCAAAUGAUUUAGAAGGUUUGUAUUUCUAUCCUGUGUAAUUGUAUAAGAUUUUAGGCAGUUACUAGUCAACAGUAAUUUAGCUUCACCGCCAUCAGCCGUACACAGAGUUGACACUUGUGGUUUUUGUCUUGCAUUUCUCACUGUAUCAACUGCACUGGUUUAGAAGCAGAGAGGGUUCACACACGUUGAGCUGUGGCGCCUUGUUUUUUUUUUCUUCUUUAUUUUCUAUUAAGAUGAAUUAAGUGUGUUAAAAUGUUUGCUAAAGUGUUCAACAAGCCAAAGGGGUUAAAGUGAAGCUGUAACUGCCCAUACAAAGCGUUUAUUGGUCAGGUGCAGGACGGUUGGUUCUUUCUCUCAGGGAAGCGCAGUUCUAAUCUGUCACAUCAUGGCUGCCGUGUCCCACUGUGGACGAUUAGCAACAGUCCUCGUGGAGGUUUUAAAGGGAUUUCUCCUAAAUUGACUUGGAAUCGAUUUUAUUCUGCUUUUCGUUGUAGCUCUUGCAGUGUAAGCAUCGCAUUGAAAUUGUUUUUAAUUUGAUGGAAUAAAAAAAAACAUUUAGAAGAA